AUGCAAGAUUCAAAUUCAUUUGACGUUAUACUUUUAGGAACAAAUUUAGUCAAUUCGAUUUUAUCUUCAGCUUGUGCAUGGACAAACCUCAAAGUCCUUCAUAUAGAUGAGAAUCCGUUCUACGGCGAAGUUGAUGGUUCUUUUGGUUUAAGAGAUGUUUUGAAUGUAUCAGAAACGGGUGAUCGGGAGGUGGAAAACCUAUGUGUAAAGCGUACCGGAGAGGACGCUCCUGCUUUACAAGAUAUCAAGGUAGAAAUUCUAGAGAAGGAUAUGCUACCGAGUCUGAAAGGUAUUACAAUUGAGCUAAUACCGAAGGAAAUGUAUGCUGGUGGCAGUUUAGUAGAAUUGCUCUCGAAAACUAAGAUAUAUAAAUAUUUACUACUGAAGCCUCAAAGAAGCUUUCGAUUUUAUGCCUCAAACAAAGAAUGGACGAAAGUACCCGAGUCAAGGGCUGAUAUUUUUAAUGAUAAAACACUAUCGCUUACGCACAAACGAUUGAUUAUGCGCUUCAUGAAAUAUGUUUCCUCCAUUGACGACGAACAGAAUCAAGAACAGUUAAAACAAUGGCUCUCGAGACCCUUUCAUGAUUUUCUGAAGGAAAACUUUGAGCUUCCUCAAAGUAUACAAGAGGGUAUCGUUUACGGGUUAUGUCAGGCUUUGGAUUCAAAAAUUUCCACCCAACGUGCUCUGGAAAAAAUAAAGAAAUAUUUUCAAUCUUUUGCAACUUACGGGGAUUACUCUUACUUGAUUGCCAUGUAUGGAACCGGAUCUGAAUUAUGUCAAGGAUUCUGCCGUUCAUCGGCUGUGAUGGGCGGUACAUUUAUGCUCGCACAAAAAGUCAACAAAGUGGAAGCUACUUCCGUCGAACUAGGAGAAGGGAAAAAAUUAUGGGCAAAACACAUUGUUCCGUCGCAAGCUAUUAAAAUGACAAAUAUUUCAGAAACGAGUGUUCGUCAGCGAUGUCUACUAGUGCGCGGGAAGUGUCCUGGAUUAUUUCACCAAAACCUAUUCUUACUUUCUGAAGCAAGUCAGCUUCACUUUGUACCUUAUUCCUUAGGAGAUAAAUGGCCCAAUAGCGUUCAAGCCAGGGUUCUAGGAGUUGGAGCAGGUAGUUGUCCCGAGGGUUAUACUCUAUGGUAUUUGCAAACAUUAGAAUGCGAAUACUCUUGUGAGUUACUAGCUUCGGCAACUAACAAGCUCAUUGAGCUUUCACAUUCGGAGGACACGAAACCCUUAAUGUAUGCUGAUAUGUUGAUUGAUCAAAGGGACCUGGCGGAUUAUGAUAUUGCUGUUGAAACAGCCAAGCAAUUGUAUGGAAAGAUUACUGGCUCUACCGACUCCUUUUUCCAAAGAGAUACUGUUCUUGAUGACGAUGAUGAAUGA